AUGGCUCCAAGAACUCGCUCGUGUAAGCACCAAGAAGACAGGAACGAUCCUGAACGGGUGACUCUUCUGGGUGAUACUUGCGACUCCCCAAAGAGAACGGCUUCCCUUCGGCAUGGGCGAGAUGCUUCCGGUGUUUCCCGACGGAUCAGAAUCCGGGACGCAGCAAAGAUGACUAUUCGAAUGCGGAUUCGGAGCCAAGCCCGUGAGCAACAAUUUUCGCUCCUAGUCGGACGGCCGGACAUUGACCGAAUUGGUCCCACCAGGAAUGAUCGAUCGAAAGAAGAGACGACCACCCCGGAAGCUCUGAGACUAGACUGGAUGCGCAGACUCCGCCCCAAACCGCAUCGUCGUGUCUAG